AUGACGACUCCAGCAACCACAAGUUCUCUGUUGCAGUCACGAUCGCAGUCAAGUACUCUCGGGCCACCUGCAUCUUCUCCAUCUUCUGCAUCUUCUGUGUCCUCGUCUGGUGUUACUCUCGAAACUUUAAUGGCAUUGUUGACGAGGAAUAAUGUUGUGAACCUGAUCCGAGGAGUACCGACAGACGAUCCCAAAAUACCUGUGACCCUUUAUUCCAAUAAGGGCCACAACAAUAAUGAUACAUUAAACGCUUUCAUUGAUCGCCAAAACAAAUCCAAUAAGGAACUGAAGACUAAGCUCGAUUCUAUAGAGAAUGUAAAAAUUAUUGUUGAUGAACACUCGGCAAGAAUUGUGGAGUUGGAGGCCGACAACGUAGAAAAUAAAUUAACAAUAGCACGAUUGCAAGCUGAGAAUGCCAAGUUGACAGACAAUAUCAAUAAAAUGAAAACUUCAGUUCCUAACGUGUUGGUUCAUGAUUCCGCCGAGAUAUCAAUCUCAGACGACCACGAUAUUCUCGAGCUAUCUUACGCCUUUGCUGCAUCGAAAAAUACUAGACGUAAAAUUGUAUCCCGUGAUUUUCGCUUAUUUGAUGAAGACGCCUUCUCUUCACAUGCAAGAUCCUGCCUUAGUACCCUCAGUGCCUUUGACUUUGACUUGUUAGCUUGUAACCACUCUCCGUCUCCAUCUACGAUAGACUUCUUCAUAUCUGAUGUCCAACGAUCUCUGCUUAAUUUUUUAGAUGCAUAUGCUCCACUUAAGUCUUUUGAAGUUACUAGGCAAGCUGUGCCUUGGUUUACUUCUGAGCUUAAAGCUCGUAGUAGAAAAGUCAAGUUACUCUAUAAACGCGCUAAAAGAUCAAAUUGUUUAUUGAGAUUUGAAAUUUAUAGAGAUUUCCGCAAUGCUCUGACUGUGAACAUGAGACGUAUAAGAAGUGAAUAUACCUACAACAGAUUGGUAAAUAUUCAGGACCCUAAUGUUUUAUGGAGACAAUUAGCUGGACUUAGACUUGCCAAAUUCUCAUUAUCAUCACCUCUUAAUUUUUUCUCACCUGAUCAACUGAAUCAGUAUUAUGUGUUUAUCUCUCGCUCCUCGCCACCAUGCUCUAUGGAUGAUUUUAACAAAAUCCUGGACACCAUUCAUCAUACUGGCCCACUUUUCAACUUCCAUUAUAUUACUGAAUGUGAAGUUCUGCAACUUAUAUCCAAAACUAUUACUCUGUCUCGCUCCCCAGGACCUGAUAAGUUAUCUUCAUUCAUAAUACGAAUCAUUGCUCCUUGGUUUGUUAAAGUGGUAGUCUCAUUGCUCAAUACAUGUGUCUCAUACUUUCCAUCAAACUGGAAGCAUGCUCACAUACGCCCCCUAUUAAAAAUUAAAACUCCCCUGACUCCUGCUGAUACUUGUCCCAUUGCGCGUCUACCUGAACUAUCGAAGUUAUUUGAGAGAUUAGCUCACAAGCAGAUUAUGCAAUUUCUUGAUGAAAAUAAUUUGCUUAACUCAUAUCAAUCUGGUUACCGUAAGUCUCACAGUACGCAAACGGCCUUGCUGCGGUUGUGCCAUAAUAUCAGAUGUGCAGCUGAUAAAAGACACAUUACGAUUUUAGUGUUAUUUGACUUCAGUAAAGCCUUCGACACAGUGUCCCACACCAUCCUUCUAUCGAAACUUGCAAAGAAAGAUUUCUCUGAAUCAUCACUUAAGUGGAUGUAUUCGUAUCUCUCACAUCGGUCCCAGACGGUAGUAGAUGGGCUAUCUAGUUUCACGUGUUUCCAAACUUCAUUCGGUGUCGCUCAGAGUUCUGUACUUGGCCCCUUGUUGUUCUCCGCCUUUAUUGAUGACAUUGGUGCUUCUUUAAAGUUCUCAAAGCACAUGGCAUUCGCCGAUGAUACUCAGAUUUAUCUCAGCUGCCUCCCGUCUGAUCUUCAUUUGGAACUUACUAUGAUUCGCCAUGAUGUGAGUGUAAUAGCUGACUAUGCAUUAUCAAAUAGUCUAAAACUAAAUCUUGACAAAUCAAAAGUUUUGAUCUUAGGCCAUAAUGGUCUUAUACAUGGUAUUGACUUGAAUGUCCUAUCACCAGUAGUGGUGGAUUAUGUGAUUCUACCUUAUGUCAAUAAAGUGAGAAAUCUAGGAGUAGUAUUUAAAUCAAAUUUCUCUUGGGCGAGCCAUGUCAUUAGUCUCUCGAAGAGUUCAUUUUACACCCCAUAA